AGAAGCGAUAUCUUGAAUAUAAGAUUUGAAUCAGAUUACUGUCUGGCUACAGGCAACCGAGUAUUCGAGAAAAUUUUUUUAUAAGAAUUUAUUUUCAGUAUUUAUUGUAUAUGAGUUAGUACGUAAAUUGUAUCAUAAUAUGGCGUCAGCAAGAAUGUUGAAUCGUAUUCUUCAGAAAAGCCAUUCAAUCACCCAUGUGUCAAAUACUUCAUAUUGUCUUAAUAUUAUAGUACCUAGGAUUAAACACAGUGCUUACUAUUCGACUAAGAAAUCUGUAACUAAGGUAGACUCCAAUGAAACUAGUAAUCAGGUACAGAUUGGUACUGCAAAAGUAGUUAAAGAAAAUCUGAAAUCUGCUGGAUAUCUUGGAGUAAUAAUAGGUGGCAUUGGAGUUACAGUUUUUAUGUUGUAUUCUUUAUUUUCGGAGCUAUUUUCCAGCAAAAGUCCAUAUGCUGUUUACAGCAAAGCUCAUGAACGUUGUAUAGAACAUCCAAAAGUCAUAGAUAUUCUAGGAGCACCUGUAAAGGCUUACGGGGAAGAAACUGGACGUGGACGUAGAAGACAUAUCACUCAUAUGUAUUAUGUUAAGGAUGGUGUGAAGUAUAUGAAAAUAAAAUUUUAUGUACAAGGAACAAGAAGGAAAGGAACAGCAUAUGCAGAAGUGAAAGAGAAUGCAUCUGGCAAUUACGAAUAUUCAUAUCUGUACGUUACAGUAAAUUAUGUUGGAACAAUUAUGAUAGAGGACAAUCAAGAUACUGUUAAAACGCGACAAGAUGACAAUUCUACAAUGGAUUUUAACUUGAUACUGGAUAAUCGUUAAGUGUAUAAUAUAAUCUGUUGAUAUGUAAAUAGUGUUAUUGGAAUGUAUA